CUAAUUGGCUUCUUUUAAUCUGAUACCCCUAAAUUAAAUCUAUUUCAUUCUAAUUAUUACAACCUGUCUGUAAAAAACCCCUAAAAUUUCCCUCUUUUAGGCUACAUUUCCUCUAUAGUUUAUACAGGGCUUAAGGGCUGUAGCCCAGGGUGCCAAUUUUGUGGGGUGGCCCAAAAGAUCUUUAUUUUUCUUUUUUUUUUUUAAUGAAUGCAUGUUUUUCAAACAUUUUUGCUUUAUUUAACACUAAUAGGCCCACAUCAGGUACGGUCCCUUAAUAUUUUGUAAUUUCUGUGAACGUAAACAAUACUCAACUAUUUGAAAAAUGUGAAGUUGUGCUUCAUUUUUAUGUAACGGCAUGAAGCUGUUGAUCAGGGAAAGAAUCAAACAUGCAUCAAUUCAUAGCUGCUGAUGUGAAGGACUAACUAAGGAUAGGACACCAAAACUGGCUCCGGCCCCGGGACCCACAUCCUUCUAAAUUCGGCUCUGCACAACGCAAAGACAUUGAAAGUCAUGUUUGAUUAGCCAUUAAAAUUUCAACCAGGCCUGGACCAUAUUGGGGAAUUAUGUAGAAAGGUAAACAUUGUGAUAAGUGCACACUUUCCUCCCUCCUCUCUCUCUCUGUCACUGUGCAUCCAGAACUCUGUGUGACUUUUGGCACCUCAGGAACUGUCACCCGUGUCAGGUGUGGACAUGGCUGCAACACUCUUUAUCAGCAAGCAGAAAAUGACACUGGCAAGAUGUGGGCUCAUAACACUUGAAACAUUUGACCCAGCAAAUUAUUGCUUGGUGAUAUUUAUGCUGUUGCAUUGCAAUUAUUAUUAUUUUUUUUUUCACAUUUUAACUUCGAGUCACAGCUUUCCAUUGUUAAAAUGGAAGAUUUUUGUUACUUCAUCAGUAUAAAUUAUGUUGGGAGAUUAUUAGUCAUGGAACUCCAAAGUUCUGGUCUUUAUUAGAAGGAGUCAAGAAGAAAGCCAUUGUUGGAAGCAGCGAUUUUUAGAGACAUGGCGAAAAUGAAUGAAGCUUUCUGGAAGAACCCACACUGUCCUAGUAGUUUAGAUCUAAGCAUAUUCAAGAGAUAGGAUGUCCUACUCAAAGUCCAUAUUAAGAAUUGAAGCUAAGAAUUGAAAAUGACACACUUUAGCAAUCCACCUCAACUCAAUCGGAGCAAUUUGCAAAGGGAAAUGGAAAGAAAUGUUGGUUGAUGAGCAAAGGUGGAUACUUUUCCUGUGAAAAACUGAAGAGGGGGGAAAAAAAACGCUUCAAGACAGCUACCUUACUGUCAACUUAUGCACUUACAGGGCCAUACUUUGCCAACUUGCACAAAGGCUACGGGGUGGGUGCAUCAGAUAAUGAUGGAUUCGGUGCCAAGUAGACCCUCAGGGAGCCAGGCCUCUCUGUUUUAGUCAACUCAACACUUUCUGCUUCCCCCCCCCAAAAAAAUCUAUUGAAUACAUAAGGGAAUGUUCAGCUUUACAGGCUGCUAUUUUUGGGGUUGUCCAUGAUUAGAAAGAAAGAAAGAAAGAGAGAGAGAAAGAAAGACACAGGCAAAGAUUUUAUGCAAAAGAAACUGAUGGAUUUUCAAUAAGCUCGACUCAUGUUUCAUCUCAUCUACGUGUGAAUCUGAUCGACAACCCAGCUUUCUUUUUAUAAACGCUCAUAGAUUAUAGGUCCGAUGCGUUUCUUUCUUUUUCUUUUUUUUUUAGUGCAGCAGUAGUUCGGUCUACAUGAAUAAAUUAUGAUGCCUGCCUGCGAGAUAGGCUGCGAGGUUCUACUGCUGCUGCAUCUGCCUGCUGCACACAAAUGGUCUCUGUGCGGCUCGGAGCGCACGAAUUACCAUUCCGGGCACAGCGCUGCUGCUGGUCAAGAAAUGGAGCCGGGUCGGUGGCAGACAGCGGUCCGGGGGCAAAGCGGGGACUACACCGCCUACAACGGCAGAAAGCUCUCUGUCAGUCUGGAUUAAGUCGCUCUGACUGAGCCCCUGCGUGGCGGACUGGGGGGAAAAAAAGGAGAAAAAAAAGCCUGUGAAAGCGAGACGAACAUCUGGUCGGAUUGAGCGCAACACCAGCCACCCAGCGCCGCGUAUUAAAGCAAGCGUACAAAAAAAAAAGGCGUUUUCUCCUCCUCUGGAUGCGCAGGAGAGGCGAUCCACACCGGGACCCCUCACGCAGUUUGCGCCCCCCACACACUCUCUCUCUCCCUCCCUCUCCUCCCCCCUCUGUUUUACCUCCUUCUAAAAAUGAAGACAAUUUUUUUUUUUUUUUCUGAGUGUUAUCUAAUGCGAGAGGAUCGCUGGAAGGAGGAAUUGCCCUUUAUCCGCCGGGUAUGGAUUUCUUGAAGGGCAUCGCUCGUUUCGCAGGCCGUCACACAUUAUAGGAGCCAAGACUCAUGCUUUGGGAUAGCUACCUGAAAUAUCUCCAAGAGGCGCCGACGGUCCCAUUUUAGGCGAGCCGCCCCUCAGUAUGCCAGCAGAGCUCCUGGGAGGAAAUAAGAUCGCAGCCUGCCUCCUCUGACUGGGCUUGAUGUUUCAUUUGCAAGGUCUGGUUACCUGAUUUCACAUAAAAUGGAGUCGUUCCUGGUCUACCUGAUCAUCCUCGGCGUGGCUGUGAAGGCGCACAAGGUCCAGAUCUGCCCCAAACGCUGCGUCUGCCAGAUGCUGAACCCUAACCUGGCGACGUUGUGUGACAAAAAGGGGCUUCUGUUCGUGCCCCCCAACAUCGACAGGCACACGGUGGAGAUGCGGCUCGGCGAUAACUUCGUCACCAGCAUUAAGCGCAAGGACUUUGCCAAUAUGACCAAGCUGGUGGACCUGACCCUCUCUCGCAACACCAUUGGGUCCAUUGCACCGUAUGCCUUCAGAGACCUGGAGAACCUCCGAGCUCUUCACCUGGACAGCAACCGACUGACCCGCAUCACCAAUGACACCUUCAGCGGCAUGUCCAAGCUGCACCACCUCAUUCUCAACAAUAACCAGCUCACCCACAUCCACAGUGGGGCCUUCAACGACCUAACAGCGCUGGAAGAGCUGGACUUAUCCUACAACAACUUGGAAAGCGCCCCAUGGAUAGCCAUUCAGAGGAUGUCCAACCUCCAUACGCUCAACCUGGAUCACAACAUGCUCAGCCUGAUUCCAGAGGGCACUUUCUCUGGGCUGCAGAAGCUUAAGAGGCUGGACGUAACCUCCAACAAGCUGCAGAAACUCCCUCCUGACCCCGUUUUCCAAAGAGCCGGGGUCCUGGCGACGUCCGGCAUAAUGGGGCCCUUGUCAUUCGCGUUGAGCUUUGGCGGCAACCCGUUGAGGUGCAACUGCGAGCUGCUGUGGCUGCGGAGGCUGCAGAGGGAGGAUGAUCUGGAGACCUGCGCUUCCCCACAACACCUAGCUGGGCGUUAUUUCUGGACUGUUUCAGAGGAAGAGUUCCUGUGUGAGCCGCCUCUUAUCACCAGACACUCUCAGGAGCUGCAUGCUUUAGAGGGCCAGAGCGUGACUCUGCGCUGCAAAGCCAGGGGCGACCCGGACCCCAUCAUCCACUGGAUCGCGCCGGACGCGCGGCUCAUGUCCAACUCUUCCAGAGCCGUGGUCCACACAGACGGCACGCUGGAAAUCCUCAUCAGCACCGUCAAGGACUCAGGUUCCUUCACCUGCGUGGCCUCCAACCCGGCCGGAGAGGCCCACCAGACGGUGGAUCUGCUCAUCGCUAAACUCCCUCACAUCACCAACGACACGAUCGCGGAGCAAGAGCCCGACCCCGGAUCGUCAGAUAUCGCCACGGUGACCAAGACGGGAGCCGAGGCGGGAGGGGUGCCUCUGGGGAACGCGAAGACGAGCCAGGAGAAGAAAGUGGUGGUAGCCGAGGCCACCUCCACCUCGGCCCUGGUGAAGUUCAACUUCCACAGGAGCAUCCCUGGAAUCCGCAUGUUUCAGAUCCAGUACAACGGCACAUACGAUGACUCGCUGGUGUACAGAAUGAUCCCCCCAACCAGCAAGAACAUUCUGGUGAACAACUUGGCGGCUGGCACGCAAUACGAUCUAUGUGUCCUGGCCAUCUACGACGACCAGGUCACCUCGCUGACCGCCACCAGGGUGAUAGGCUGCAUCCACUUCACCACCGAGCCGCAGUAUCUGCGGUGCCACUUCAUGCAGUCGCAGUUCCUCGGCGGGACCAUCGUGGUCAUCAUUGGAGGGAUUAUCGUGGCGUCCGUGCUCGCCUUCAUCAUCUUCCUCAUUGUGCGUUACCGAGUGUGUAGCCAAGGGGAUGCAGACAAGGCCCUGGAGAUGGGGGAUAUCCGAUCACUGAGCAGCGAUGGACAGCUACAGGGCUGUGGCAUCCCCAAGUCCCUCUCUAAACAGGUCCUCCGUCCAGAGAAGAAUGACAAGGAAUGCGCCAGAGUCGCCCUCCCACCUCCGGAGCCAACCAAGCAACGACCUCCCGUCUCGGUGCCCACCACAAAACCUUCUGUUCCUGACUGCAUGGUGUCUACCUCUGCUGGCAGUCAUAGCUGGCACCCGGCCUCCCCAGGAGCGCCGAGGCCCAAGCGUUCCGGCGCUCCACCGAAACCCUCGGAGGGCCGGCGAGCUGAAGCUCAGACGGACGUUGAGCUCAACAACAUGAACCGCAAUAACUCUUCGGAGGUCAAAACAGCCACUGCCGUCUCCACCGCUCCCCCAGGGCCCGGCCAACCCCAGAAAUGGACUGCUGCUCCGAGAGUCCCGCGACCCCACCAAACCUCCCGACAUUACAUGACUGUUCCUGCAGGAGCGGUGAGAGUGAACCGCCGGCACUCGCUUAACGCAGACUCAUCGUACAGGGAGCGCUGCUACGUAGCCUACCCCAAAGUCGGGGCUGGCCUGCGCUCCAAGCGCAGCCUGUCAAUGAGCGGAGAGCUUCCCCAGCUCGAGAGCACAACAAACAUUCAUCGAGCCAGGGGCAAACUAUCCAGGUCUGAGUGGCUGCUGGAGAGCACUUUAUGAUUUCAACUUCACUUGUGCAUCCUUGGCUUUCCUUGGAUUGGGUUGGGAAGUCCGCUGUGAAACAUACUGAGAAUUUUCUUCCUUGUUUCGACAUCCCUCUUUGGGGAACACGAGGAAGGCAGGCACACAGGGAGUCAAGGGAGACUGUUCACAUUUGUUUUCUACCAUAUAACCUAUCAGAGUCUACUUUAUAUCAACUUCAAUGAAAGGCACAACAAUGUAUAAAAACAAUGCCAUGUACAAAAAUGUUUAGUUCUGUGAGAUACCAUAUAUCUCAGUGCAACCAUAAGUGUUCAUGUGGUUGUGAAUGCAGUAACCUGAACAUACUGUAUAAUAAGGAGAGCAUCACACAGGGGGCUUGUGUGAUGGUAUUAUACCGCCUCUAACCUGAGGUGACGGCAUCUCUGAAGACUUUGAACGUCAAGACUUUUCAAGAGAUUAGGAAUGUGCUUUACAUCCUGGAGAUGCGGGAACAGAAUGUAGUAGACAAGAGAGCGCUCCGGCUCCUCAUCCCAACACUCCCAGUUCCAGCACAAUGCAGCAUUUCUUUUUCCUUUCUUGUGGCACAAGUCGACUCAGCCUAAUACUGCCGUCCAGUUUGAAUCGAUAAAUUUUUAUCACGUAAUUACAUAAAGACUCCGCUCAAAUAGGAUUCCUGUCACGACUGAUUCGAGCGGCAACCUGAACCAGCACCGGUGGCAUGACAGGUGCUGCAACUAAUCUGAUAUUACGUGUGGGUGAGAUCCAGAGGAACGGCUCAUUUCCAUAUUUUAUACUCGCAGACGUUUAUCUUGUCAUGCCGACAACAACUAUUGUAAAUUAACUUUGUCGAUGUAAGAAAGAAAGGGAGAAUCACGAGAACGGGAGGCCGACCGCUCUUGAUUUUGCUGUUGUUUCUGUUUGAUGUUUACUAGUACAAAUAAACCAGUGAUAAAACAAAAAAGGGGAAAAAAACUGAC